UGUAGAUCGUCGAAGCCUAAACUCCAAGCUCAUGCACGACUCGAGCUUCCUGCAUCCACUCACUUACUCCGCAGUAGCCUGCCCGCGAAGACCGGGAGCUUAGCUCGAAACGUGCACUCUUUUCUUGUCUUUUGCGAAGUCUUUUUGGUUUUGGAUUCCCAGCACGCGGCUCGGGUACAGACUUUGCCCAUCCACUUCAGCUGACACCCCCCCUGGUCGAGAGAUCAUGGCGACAAGAAGAGUGUGGGUUCGGCGGCCACAUGGGGUGGCAACAACCAUCACGGUUUCGCCUGAUGAUAUUGUCGACGAUUUGAAAAGCGCGUUGAUCCGAAAGUACUCAAUAGCGCUUGGCCGCAUACACGACGCCCCAGACCUGAUCAUCAAAAUGGCCGGAAGUUCAUCCUCGCAUUCGUCGUCUCACGGUCAUCGCCGGAAGCGAAACGAGGCAGUACGCAGAGAACUUUCGUUUAUCGAAUCUGGGCAUCAAAAUAAUCAGGCUCAUGGUCACUCUCAUUCGCAUUCCCACGGUCACUCGCAUUCUCACAAUCAUAAUCACAACCAAGCAACCGCGAGUUCGAAAGAUGACGACGGGGUGAUUCUACCGCCCGAUGUUAACGUCUUUGCUGUUCUGGACAAAAAUUUUCCAGAUGGCAUGACUAUGCAGGAUGCGUUUGUCGUUGAUGUCCUUGACUAUAAUGCGGUCGACGAUGCAGCAUCAGACGAUGACUACGAUCACUCCAAGCUGUCCUCUACACCUCCGCAUUCCAGCGCUCACUCAUCUCCCGCCCCUUCAGAGACCCGAUCAUCGAGCAGACGCAGCCAUCAUAGUGACGAUGAUGUACACAGUCAACGGGCGUCUAGCGUUGAGCCUUUUCUCUCUCACAACUCCAGCACCAGUACCAGCUCUGUCCACAAUCAUGCUUUGCGCAAGCAAGUUACAGCCUCUCAAAGUGGCGGGUCCGUGAAUGUUAGCGACACGCAAGUCUCUACAACAUCAUCAGCGAUCCAAGUAAGCCAUGCUGUCUCUUCCAGGCCACAACCUCAGCCUUUGCAACAGACGACUGAAAGCCACCGUACGCCGUCAAAUUCCUCUUUGGACGACGAGUCGAGUACUCGCACGCAAUCGCCUCAUCCACGCAGUACUCAUGGACACUCAUUUGCUGGGGCGCAUACAAGCACAACUGUGACAAAUACCAAAGCUCAGGUACAAACUCUGACUCAGAAAGCGACACUGCAGACUACGCCGACAGAGACAGAAACUACCAAUGACCAGCAGGAAGGAGAGCAGAUUUUACAAGUGGAGACUGUUGACGUUGAGAAAUCAGAGGCGACUAUGGUGUCUGAUAGUACGGAAGCAGUGGGAAGCAAUCCCGCAGGUACUUCGUCGCUAAAGACAAAGAGCGUGAGUGCUUCGCGCCCUGCGAAGGAUAAGCAACCCCAGCAAUCGUACAACACUUCUUCUUUGUUGGAUGGUAUAGUGCCUCCAAUCAAAGUUCUUAUCGUUGAAGACAACAUCAUCAAUCAGAGGAUUCUGGAGACUUUUAUGCGAAGGCGAAGAAUUCGGUCAAACGUCGCCAAAAAUGGAAAAGAAGCGGUCGAGAAGUGGCGUGAAGGUGGUUAUCAUUUAGUACUGAUGGAUAUCCAGCUUCCUGUACUUUCUGGAAUUGAGGCAACAAAAGAAAUUCGUCGACUUGAAAGACGAAACCGGAUAGGUGUCUUUGUCGAUCAGGAUUCCACAAAUAUCAAAGAUGAAGAUGUUCUUCCGCCUCACCGAUUCAAAAGCCCAGUUAUCAUUGUGGCUCUGACUGCGAGCUCACUUGAUAGUGACAGAAAAGAAGCUCUUGCCGCUGGAUGUAAUGAUUUCUUAAUCAAACCCGUCAAUCUGGUCUGGCUGGAACGGAAAAUAACAGAGUGGGGUUGUAUGCAAGCGCUCAUUGAUUUUGAAGGUUGGAGACAAUGGAAAGGGACAGACGAAGCUGAAAAAGAUUCAAAUGGUAACGGCGGUAGCUUUUCGCGACAGCCUAGACGACUGAAGCAAACGGUAGCACGUGCGAAAUAGUGAUGCGAAUCUAUCCAAAGCUUUCUUUAAGGCGGAUUGUUUAGUCUGUGUUUUAAAGUAGACAAUUUUAUA